GAGUCCGGAGAGUUUUCUGCUUUCUGCUCAGCUCAGCAUGCCAAGAAGCUGGAGAGGUACUCGGCAGCACAAAUUCAGUCUCUGUCUUGGAAAAGUAUUUGACUGCUUCAAGAAAUUGUGAAGUCAUCCCUGGCCAUGUUGUGGAAUUGUCUUGAACUUUGCUUUUUUUAGUCUUUUAAUUUUUCUAUUUAAAUACUAGAAAUGUUGGGGACGGUUUCUUUCAAAGAAGGCUGGUGAUUUCUGAGGCUGGCAAGGGUGUAAAAUGACAUGAGAGCUUCUCAGCAGGACUCCAAAUUCAAGCAAGAUUUUUCCAAGCACCUACUAUGUUCAAAACACCCUGCAGGGUUUUCCUGGAGAAUCUGGAGUUCUGGGUUAGCCCUUGAAACUUUGAAGGCAAUGGCUGAAAAGGAAAGAUGAGCACUGCAAGGCUCCCUCUAGAAAUGGUUGAGGUUUGCCACAACAAUUGGCAAGUUUGGCUUUUUCCACCAAAAUUUGACAUUUUCAUGUGCUGUCCAGGUCAGAUGGAGCUUAGGAAGACAAGGGAGCCUAGCAAUAAACGGGUCAAACCCCUUUCCAGAGUCACAUCACUAGCAAACCUCAUCCCACCUGUGAAGACCACGCCGUUAAAACGCUUCAGCCAAACCCUGCAGCGCUCCAUUAGCUUCCGUAGCGAGAGCCGUCCUGACAUCCUUGCCCCCCGACCCUGGUCCAGAAAUGCUGCCUCCUCAAGCACGAAGCGGAGAGACAGCAAGCUGUGGAGUGAGACCUUCGAUGUGUGUGUCAAUCAGAUGCUUACGUCCAAGGAAAUCAAACGACAAGAGGCAAUCUUUGAGCUUUCCCAAGGAGAAGAAGACUUAAUAGAGGACUUGAAAUUAGCAAAAAAGGCCUAUCACGACCCUAUGCUGAAACUCGCCAUAAUGACAGAACAGGAGUUGAAUCAAAUUUUUGGAACACUGGACUCUCUAAUCCCUCUACAUGAAGAUCUCCUUAGUCAGCUUCGAGAUGUUCGGAAGCCUGAUGGCUCAACUGAACAUGUUGGUCCCAUCCUUGUGGGCUGGUUGCCUUGCCUCAGCUCCUAUGACAGCUACUGCAGCAAUCAAGUAGCUGCCAAAGCCCUACUGGACCACAAAAAACAAGAUCACCGAGUCCAAGAUUUCCUACAGCGAUGUUUAGAAUCCCCCUUUAGCCGCAAACUAGACCUCUGGAAUUUCCUUGAUAUUCCAAGAAGCCGUCUGGUGAAAUACCCUCUGCUUCUUCGAGAAAUCUUGAGGCACACACCAAAUGAUAAUCCAGAUCAGCAGCACCUGGAAGAAGCUAUUAACAUCAUUCAGGGAAUCGUGGCGGAAAUCAACACCAAGACUGGAGAAUCUGAAUGCCGCUAUUAUAAAGAGCGGCUCCUUUACUUGGAAGAAGGCCAGAAAGACUCCCUGAUUGACAGCUCCCGUGUGCUGUGUUGCCAUGGUGAACUGAAGAACAACCGGGGCGUGAAACUGCAUGUUUUCCUGUUCCAAGAAGUGCUUGUGAUCACUAGAGCUAUCACCCAAAAUGAGCAGCUCUGCUACCAGUUGUACCGGCAGCCCAUUCCAGUAAAGGACCUCCUGCUGGAAGACCUGCAAGACGGAGAAGUGAGGCUGGGCGGCUCCCUGCGUGGGGCAUUCAGCAACAACGAGAGAAUUAAAAACUUCUUCAGAGUAAGUUUCAAAAAUGGAUCCCAAAGUCAGACCCACUCGCUACAGGCCAACGACACCUUCAACAAACAGCAAUGGCUCAACUGUAUUCGUCAAGCCAAAGAAACAGUUCUGUGUGCUGCUGGGCAGGCUGGGGUGCUUGAGUCCGAGGAACCAUUCCUAAACCCUGCCACCAGGGGCAGCAGAGAGCCACGGGGUGAAACAAAACUUGAGCAGAUGGACCAAUCGGACAGUGAAUCAGACUGUAGUAUGGACACGAGUGAGGUCAGCCUCGAAUGUGAACGCAUGGAACAGACAGACUCUUCCUGUGGGAACAGCAGACACGUAGAAAGUGAUGUCUGACAGAAGCGUGUGUACUUCCUGGAAGUCACCCUGUGUCUUACCUGUACAGUAUUUGCAUUCCACACGUGGAAGGGUUUGGUGAAGCACUUUUUAAUAACUUUGUGACCUUGUUGACCCAGUCUCUUGUGUCUGUACCUUUGUCCCUAGUACUGUAACUGCCAAUCUGUCUGUGAAGCUGGAAUCUGUGGCAACUGUUACCCUGUAUUGUAUUUCACAAGGGUCUGGAUAUAUGGAGAGGUACUUGAGCAAGUUACUCUCAGUUGUCCUGCUGGAUUUGUAAAAACACAGAAAGGUAAAGAAUCUCUAAACUACUGUUCUAUAUAGGUUGUUUCAAGAGUCUUUCUGUGUUUCUCUAGUGCUUUCUAGCUCUUGACAUGGUAGCUGAAGGCAUGGAAUUUAGAGGACCUUGCAAACAGGGUAUGAGGAAGUUCACUCUUGCAUUGUGAUGGCAUUUGAGGGGGAAGCAGGAGUGAGUUUAGUUCGAUGGAAUUCAACCAGAAAUUGUGAGUGGACAACAUCCCUGGGAACUCUGGAGACUUAAUUUUGCAAAGGAAGAAGCACUGUAUUGGCCUUGCAAUAUCAUCCAAGGCAAGUUUGGUGCAGUAAUCAAAUAAGGCAUGAAAUGGAGUCUGACCUUAAAAGGUCCAGCACAAAAGCAGCUGCCAGCUCUGAAUCUUUAACUGAAAUGCACAUUGCACCAGGACAUCACUGUGGAGUUGGUGGCUGGCUCAGCAAGCUUAAAACAUUGGAAUAGACCUCAAAGGACCUGGAUAAAACCCACUGGGAAGCCAAGAAGCCCUGUCUUUGUUCUGUUUCAUCUGCCUACACCGACUCAUAUUUUCUAGCAUGAAUGAAGAGAUGAGGAAAAGAGAAUAUGACUGUGUCAGUGACUCAGUUUACAGAGAGCAAGAAUUUGGAUUGAGAAGUGCUUCAUCAUGAUCCUGUGGAGACAUUAAAAGACAAAAGCAAGGUCCAGUGCCCUUAUGGGAAAGGCCAGAGCUUUGGGUUUUCCUGUUCUGCCUUUGGGUCAUUGGUUUGCCAUGUCUGGCUCUAUGCUGUGAUCAGAAUCCUAAUUACAUUCUCCUGAGGCCAAUUUAAUUAACUCUGAUUAAUUAGGAUCAGUUAUCCAAACUAGAAACUUCUUUGUGCAGCCUUGAUCUACAAUGCAGGGUGGGUUACAUACCUUUAAAAAAGUUAGCUAAAUACAUGGAAAAGCUCCCCCCAAGUGUAAAUAUUAAGAAUGACCUGUGCAAAAUUAUACCCACACCAGCACUAGUAGUAAUGAUUCUAAAUUAUUGCCAAAAAGUUUUUUUUAAUCUUCUUUGUCUUUCAAGUUUACGGAAAAGAAAGCAGUCAAUACAAUGUUGUCAUUUUAUUAUGUACAUAUACUAUGUGCAUUCAAAGAAGCCAUGUGACAAGAUUAUCAAUAUAAAAACAAGGUAUAUUACUUUAUUAUUUUUGAAAAACAAAAAAUAUUGUGGUCAAUUUUACCCUGUAAAACAUAUUCCUGUAUUUAUAGAUUUUAAACAUGGUGAAUUUUUUUCUAUUACAAUUUUAUUUAAAUCUGCGGUUUCCCAAGUUGUUAUUGAUUUAGCAGGUGAGUGAACCUGCUGCAGAUAGAAGCAGAAGAAAGCUGAGAAUGGUCAUUUGAUGGUGGGGAAAAGAAUGAAUCACACUUUGCAGGAGCCAUUGGCCACUUUGGUCAGUGUGUUGAGAAAAGAGGUCUAUCAAAGCAUUGGCCUAUAGGAAGAAAGUAAAUGAAUGUUUUGAUGAAAUGAAUGUUUUUGUAUAAUGGCCUUAAACUUUUCUGGAAGCAUUUCAAAUAAAUUACAUUAAAAUGUUGUCUUCUUUGUGUACAGUAUUUGCCCUACAAAUGUCAAAUUUCAACUGUCAUCUUGAGAGGCUCUUUCUGAAGUUUUGCUUGUCCUCAAAUACAAACUUUCAAAUAAGAUGUGAGUUAAAAUAAAUGCUUUGAUUUAGUCAAUCAAAGCUUUUGCAGAA